AUGGCACAUUUGCAUCUGAGAUGCCUAUUGGCUCUGGCCUUAGUGCACGUUGUUUUGUCCUCUGGUGUGUUUGAGCUGAAGAUUCAUUCCUUCCACACCGCGCAGCGGAUCUGUCGAAGACACAGGGACUGUCAUAUUUUUUUCAGAAUUUGCCUGAAACACCCGGAGGAUGUCAUCUCCGCAGAGCCGCCCUGCACCUUUGGUACCGGACAGACCAAUGUCAUCAGAGCCGAUCACACCUCGAUCUCCAGCAGCGCUCCCAUCAGGGUGCCUUUCCACUUCAAGUGGCCGGGAACAUUUUCGUUGAUCAUUGAAGCCUGGAACGCUGAAUCUCCCACUGAAUACACAGACAACCAGAACAACCUCGUGAGCCGUUUGGCGACCAGAAGGAGACUUGCCAUUGGAGAAGACUGGUCCCAGGACGUGCACUUUGGAGAACAGAGCGAGCUGCGCUACUCCUACCACGUCUUCUGUGACGAGUACUACUUUGGAGACGGCUGCGCUGACUACUGCAGGCCGAGGGAUGACACGCUGGGCCACUACACCUGCGACGAAGAGGGCAACCGCAUCUGCCUGGAGGGCUGGAAAGGAAACUACUGCUCUGAGCCCAUCUGCUCGGCGGAAUGCAGUGAGAGGCAUGGCUACUGCGAGGCCCCAGGGGGCUGUACGUGCCGCAUGGGCUGGCAGGGCCCUUCCUGCAAUGAAUGCGUCCGCUACCCAGGCUGCCUCCAUGGGACAUGCAGCCAGCCGUGGCAGUGUAACUGUCAGGAGGGUUGGGGGGGGCUCUUCUGCGACCAGGACCUGAACUAUUGUACUAACCACAAGCCAUGCGCCAAUGGUGCCACCUGCACCAACACAGGCCAGGGCAGUUACACCUGCAACUGCCGGCCCGGCUUUGGAGGUACCAACUGCGAGCUGGAGACCAACGAGUGUGACAGCAACCCCUGCAAGAACGGAGGCAGCUGCAAUGACCUGGAGAACGACUACUCCUGCACCUGUCCUCAGGGAUUCUAUGGGAAGAACUGUGAGAUCAUUGCCAUGACUUGUGCAGACGGUCCCUGCUUCAAUGGCGGCACCUGUGUGGAGACAAUGACCGGAGGCUACACCUGCCGCUGCCCUCCCAGCUACACUGGCUCCAACUGUGAGAAGAAGCUGGACCGCUGCAGCAACAGGCCCUGUCUAAAUGGCGGUGAGUGUCUGGAUCUCGGCCAGAGCAUCUUGUGUCGUUGUCAGGCAGGCUUCACAGGUGCCAACUGCCAGGUCAACAUUGACGACUGUGCCUCAAGUCCCUGCCAGAAUGCUGGAACCUGCCAAGAUGGUGUAAAUGACUACACCUGCUCCUGUACUCUGGGAUACACUGGCAAGAACUGCAGCGUGCGCUCAGAUGCCUGUGGCGCCCAUCCCUGUCAGAAUGGUGGCACUUGUUUCACCCACUUCACUGGGCCCGUGUGCCAGUGCCCCAAGGGCUUUAUGGGUCCCAGUUGUGAGUUCACGCUUCAGCCCAGUUUCAAGCCAGCUUUGCGCCAAACCUCCCAACCCUCAUCUACUACCCUCACCCUCUCCUGCGCUCUGGCUAUUCUGGUACUAGUCCUGGUUGCAGGGAUCCUCUACUUGAGGAGGAGGAGGAGAAUGCAAGGAAGGAAGCAGCUAAGAGACACUGCAGUUUAUAAUGACUUGGAGACAGUCAACAACCUGGGUGGAAGCGAAAGAGACGCCUUCCUGGGCCCCAAUGGCCUCUUCAAGAUCAGCAACAGCACAGCCCGCCUCAGCCUCUCCCUCUACCCAGACGGCAGACCCGGCUACAGGCACAACCCUGUGGAGAACAGCCUCUCCAGAGGGGAGCGUCAGGACUUCAUGUGGAUAGAUGAGACAGGACUGAGAUGAAAAGCGACAAAGCACAGAUUUGAAAAACAGGGAAAGAAACACAUUAGCACUUGUUGCUCCUCUUUCGAUAUGUACAGUGAGGGAAGGAGUAAACUCACGAGGUGGAAACCACUCGUGCUCACAAACCAAUAUAAACAUCACUGAAAAAAGCAAAAUUGUGACAAAUAAACUAUUCUGAUAUAGAUGAUUUAUUACUGAGAAGGUAUCUGGGGCCAAGCUCUUCCAUGUGUAAGACCCAAAGAGACAAUAAUAUGAUCCACUGUUCAUAGGACCUAAAACACAAAACCAAAUACAGGAAGAUCCGAUA